AAUUCAUCUUCCACCUCUCUGGGACGCACCGAAACUAGCAAUGGCGAUCUCACCGUCGUCAAAGAUGGCUGGGCAAAAGUCAAGGAGGAAGGCGGCGGCUUCAUGAAGGCCUUUUGGCAAGAACGCUUCCUGGUCCUCAGGGAGAAGCAGCUUGACUUUUUGAAAUCCAGCACCAGCAACAAGACCACCAGCACCAUCUAUCUGAAAGACGUCUCUCACAUCACACGAUCAGACAACUAUCCCUACGCCUUGGAGAUGACCCGAGAAGUCAACAAGAUAUGGAUCCUCAAGUUCGAUACCGAUACCGACGUCUACAACUGGAUGGAUAGCAUCUAUGACCGAUGUCCACAGAUGGGUGGUGUUUCGCAUCCAACCGGGUUUUCGCACCGAGUGCACGUGGGAUUCGACCCCGUCACUGGAGGCUUCGUUGGCUUGCCUGUAGAAUGGGAGCGCUUGCUUAAGGGGUCAGCCCUGACCAAGGAUGAUAUGGCGAAAAAUCCUCAGGCCGUCAUGGAAGUGCUUCAGUUCUACACCGAUAAGCUUGCUGUGCGAUCGGACGAUCCCAAGACGUAUCCCUCGCUCACUCCAACUCCUUCUGCCGAAAGUGGACGAGACAAGCAACUCGGCUAUUCUGCUGGAAACAGCGUCGCACCGCCAAGACCGCAGCCACCGGGCAUGAAUCGGCAAGAGAGCUAUCAAAGUGGAAACAGCCAGUCGAGAGCUCCAGGAAGCGGAUACGACUCCGGCUCAUCGCGCGAUCAGUCCGCCGACCGCUACGGCGCGCCUAAAACGUCUCAAGAAGAGGAGCGUCGCAAAAGGCAAGAGGCUGAAAGGAAACGCACCGAGUCACAGCGACGACAGAACGAUGAAGAGCAAGAGCGUAAGAGAAGACAAGAACAAGAAGAUCGCGAGUACAACGAUUCUUUGCCCAAGAACAAGAUCCCACUGGCCAAGCAAGAGAUUGGUGGUGGUGGGUACUCGGGCGAUUCUGGUUCACGAGAUGCAAGUCCAGCACCACAGCAGAGUCGAUACAAUGCGAGCAGGCCUGCUCCUGCCACUCCCUCAGCCAUCAAGCCACUCAAUAUCGCAACCAAGCAGCCAUCCGGCAAGCCCGAUGCUGUCAAGGCGGCGGAAGCAGCAUUGACGAAGAAAGAUCCAAAUGAGUCGAAGCAGAAAGAAGUGCGCAUGAGCGCCAUGUCCGAUGCCCAGGUUAUGGACCGACUGCGUUCUGUUGUCACCUUGAGUAAUCCUCUUGAGAGCUAUAACAAGCAGAAGAAGAUCGGUCAGGGUGCAUCAGGCUCAGUAUAUGUUGCACGGAUUCGCGAGAACGCGCCCAGCAAGACCGCGCAGGACAUUAUCAAGCAGUACGGUCCUCGAGCUCAGGUCGCGAUCAAGCAAAUGGAUCUGCGAUCACAGCCCAGAAAGGAGCUGAUUGUUAACGAAAUCAUCGUCAUGAAGGAGAGCCGGCACGACAACAUUGUCAACUUUCUAGAUGCAUUUUUACAAGAGGACACGUUCGAGCUUUGGGUGGUCAUGGAAUUCAUGGAGGGCGGUGCUUUGACAGAUGUCAUCGACAACAACGCUUCUAUCACGGAAGAGCAGAUUGCGACCAUCUGCUACGAGACAUGCAAGGGCCUCAUCCAUCUACACGCACAAAACAUCAUUCACAGAGACAUCAAGUCUGACAAUGUGCUGCUUUCGUCACGCGGCGCAGUCAAGAUUACCGAUUUUGGCUUCUGCGCGAAGCUGACUGAACAGCGCUCGAAGCGCGCCACCAUGGUCGGUACGCCAUACUGGAUGGCACCGGAAGUCGUCAAACAAAAGGAGUAUGGCUCCAAGGUUGACAUCUGGUCGUUGGGUAUCAUGGCCAUCGAGAUGAUAGAAUCCGAGCCUCCAUACCUGAACGAAGAGCCGCUCAAGGCACUGUACCUGAUCGCCACCAACGGCACACCGAGAUUGAAGAAGCCGGAGAAGUUGAGCAAGGAACUGAAGGCGUUCUUGAGCGUCUGUCUCUGUGUGGAUGUCAAGUCCAGAGCCACCGCAGAAGAGCUUGGACGGCAUGAAUUCCUCCAGCAUGGAUGCUCUCUCGCCAGCUUGAGCGAGCUACUGCGAUUCAGAAAGGGAGGCGGACAUUAGGAGCCGCCGCUGCCGUCACAAGAACGCGUGCCAUCAGCACAGCCUCGUGGCUUGCCAUCGCGCUACAGACCGCGCGUGCUCGACAGUUCGGGGUCCAUACAAAACAGACUCAGAGAGCAUGACAAUGCCCAUUUACACCAACCAAAACCCUUUCGCUCGUGGGAGCCACACUAUACCAGAACUGGAUUUGGCUACUGGCACAGUGAUCCGGGUCCGAGUCGAGGCGAGGCGACGAGACGAGGAUUUGGUCGACGAGAUGAUGAGAACGAAGAAGUGAUCAGCGCUUGUUGAAAGAAAAAAAAAGAUGCAAGAAGAUACCACAACCAUUACCGCUGGAAAAUUGGGAACUCGUGGGAAUGGGAAAUCGUAAGGGAUAGGAUGGAUGGAUGGAUGAUAACGGAGGGAAUGGGGUCCCCCAAAAUCGGCGUUCGGUUUUUCUCGGUUCGGCAUUGCGGAUGGGUGCCUACGAAGUAAUUGACUAACGCCUGUUUUUUCCCCUUUU